AUGGCCACCAGGGAUUUGUCAAUAGGAAUGAUGUUUUUGUUACAGACCAUAAUUGGAAUUCUGGGGAAUUUCUCUCUUGUUUACCGUUUUCUCUUCCUUUACUUCACAGGAUGCAAGUUUAGGUCCACAGAUUUGAUUCUCAAGCACCUGACUGUAGCCAACCUCUUAGUUAUUCUUUCCAAAGGAGUCCCUGAAACAAUGGCAGCUUUUGGGUUGAAACUUUUCCUAAAAGAUAUUGGAUGCAAACUUGUUUUCUAUGUUCACAGAGUAGGCAGGGAUGUGUCCAUUGGUACCACUUGCCUCUUGAGUGUCUUCCAGGUGAUCAUGAUCAGUCCCAGUAUCUCCAGGUGGGCAGAGCUUAAAGUAAAAGCUCCCAACUACACGGGCGCCUCCAACAUCCUCUGCUGGAUCCUGAACAUGAUGCUAAAUAUUUUGGUCCCUUUUCAUAUGACUGACAAAAGGAACAACACAAACAUCAAAAAGAAAAUAGAUCAUGGCUACUGUUAUGCAGUAUUUAGUGGCAACAUCAUCACACAGUCACUCUAUAUACUGUUGGUAUUAUUUAGUCAUGGUUUCUGUUUGGUGUUGAUGGUCUGGGCCAGUGGUUCCAUGAUUUUCCUCCUGCACAGGCACCAGCAGAGGGUCCAGUAUAUUCACAGGAACAAUCUGGCCCCCAGAUCCUCCCUUGAGAUCAGAGCCACCCAAAGCAUCCUUGUCUUGGUGUCCACCUUUGUAUCUUUGUGGACUCUCUCCUCUAUCUUCCUCAUUUGUUUGGCAUUCUUCAACAAGCCUAGUUUGUGGCUGAAGAACAUUUCUACACUAAUUGCUGCAUGUUUCCCAACUGUCAGCCCCUACAUUCUCAUGAGCCAUGACCCCAGAGUAUCCAGGUUCUGCUUUGCUUGA